CUACCUUCCAUACUUACCGGACACGGGCUACAACUUUAACGGAUUACUGUGGAAAACAGCAUCAGCCGCGACAUCGAGUUCCCUCCCUUCCGUCCUCCCUGGCGCCCGCAGCAGAAAUGCGCCGCCGUUGUCACGACGGCACCACCAAUGUCAACCCUCCCCAAUGGCGCCGCCACCGCCCGCUCGACGACCAAGAUGCCUGCCCCGAGCAGCACUAACAGCAGCAGCGGCAACGGGCUGCCCUCUCGCCCUCCGCCCGCCGUGACCCCCUCCCCCAAGAAGGACGACGACAACAGCCCCUCUGCACCCCUCCACCGUGCCACCUCCCCCGCCGAGGUCCGCGCCGCCCUCUCCGCCCUGCACGCCCGCGAAGCCUCCCUCACCGCCCACCUCUCGACCCUCCUCACCGGCCACGCCAGCCUGACCCGCUCGCUCUCCCGCCUCGACAACCUGCGCGCGGGGCUCGGCGCCCAGGUCAUCUCGGCGCGCAGCAUCUCCAGCAACAUGCUCGCGUCGGCCGCCGACACGGCCGCGCGCCUGUCGGGCCGCGUGCGCGCGCUCGACCUCGAGAAGCAGCGCGUCGAGGACACCCUGCGCGUCGUCGAGCAGGUCGCCGAGCUGAAGGCGUGCGUCGCCGGCGUCGUCGGCAGCAUGGGCGCCCCGCAGGACUGGGAGGCCGCCGCCGGGUACAUCAGCCGCGCCGCGAAGGUGCCCGAUGACAUCGUGCGCGGCGGCUUCGCGGCCGCCGUCGUGCCCACCGUCGAGGUGCCCGAUCCGCCGUGGGUUACGCUGGAGCAGGCCAGAGAGAGCCUCUGUGCCUUGUUUAUGAGGGAGUUCAAGAAGGCCGCGGCGGAGGGCGACGCCGCCAAGGUGACGAGGUUCUUCAAGCUGUUUCCGCUGAUCGGGCGGGGCGAUGUCGGGCUGGAUGUUUAUGGGCAAUAUGUGUGCCAGGGCGUGGCCGGCGAGGCGAGGGCGUCGCUAAAGGAGGGGUCGGCCGUUGCAGGUGGCAAAGGAAGGAAGGACGGGGUGUUCUAUGCGAACGCCCUGACAAGACUUUUUGAUCACAUCGCGCGCAUCGUCGAGGCGCACGGCGGGCUCGUAGAACGACACUACGGCUCGGGCAAGAUGGUCAAGGUCAUCGAGAGACUGCAGAUGGAGGCCGACGUCCAGGGCGGCAUUAUUCUGGACUCGUGGAGCGACGACCGCGCAGUCGACCGGAGGCUCACCGACGUCAGGAGCUACCCUUUCUCGUUCCUGAUGCAGAGCUUCUUGCCGCAGAACCGCGGUUUCGGAGGGACGCCGCGGGUGAACUCACCGGCUCUUGGCGGCCAAACUAACGAUGCGCGCGACAGCGAAGACGAGGGCGUCAACAUGAGGGAGGUGGACGCAUUGCUCGUCGAGAUCGCCGUGAUGCUCGAGAAGUGGUCCGUGUACUGCCGCUUCCUCGCUGGGAAGUGUAGGGAUCCCGAAUCACCCGACGACGCUCCGCUCACCCUUCCGGACGUCCUCAUCAAGUCCAACCUGAGCCGGAAGGUGUUAGGGAAGCUCGUGGAGCCGUGCAACUCGCUGACCACCUUCUUCUUCCGACGGUCCGUCGAGAAGGCGUUUCAGCUGGACGAGUCACCCUCCGGGCUUUCGUUGAACAUGAGCAAACCCAUAGACAGCAACCCCCCAUUCAUCAUUUCCGCAGUUGACGUGGUCAUGUACAUCGUCAACACCGUCAUCCGAAGAUCCAUAUCCACCUCUCAACGAGCCGUUAUCGACUCCGUUAUCGCCAGCAUAUCCAGCAUCCUCGGGGCCGACUUUGUCGGCAUGAUCCAGCGCAAGAUGCGCGACGACUCAUACCCGCGAGCCGCCGUCCAGGGCAACCUUCCGCCCGAGGACAAGGUGGUCUCGUUUAUCGUCCUCAUCAACAGCCUUGACAUGGCCAACGAGUACCUUGCCCGCAUCGUCUCCAGCUUCCUCAACCCGUCCCAAGAGCAGCACGCGAAGCCCCUGCACGAUGCCUUCCCCUUCAAAAACGAAGCCGCCGAGGUCGCCCUCCGCCUGAACAACCUCAACGCCUCAUUCUCUGCCAAGACCACCGAGCUGAUCAACGAAGGCGUCAGGGUGCUCUUCAGCCAGGUCAUCAAGCCGCGGCUGCGGCCCGUGCUGACCGACACCUUCCGCGACGCCGACUACACGCUCAGCGAGGACGAGCUGGCCGACCUGGCGGCGCAGAACGGCCAGACCGAGGACGAGGUGCUCGACCAGGUGCCGCGCGUGUUCGAGCACGGCUGGGACGCCCUGAUGCGGCCCGUCGCGCGCCUGCUGACGCCCCGCACCUACACCACGCUGCUGGACCUGACGGCCGACUACCUGGCGCGCGUGCUCGAGAAGCGCGUGUGGAGCUACGCCGGCGGCAGGACCAGCGCGUACGGCGCCAUCCGCAUGGAGCGGGACUUCAGCGGCAUCGUCGGCGUCAUUAGCAAGGGCAACUACGCCGUGCGCGAGCUAUUUGGCCGCACGGCGCAGGUCCUGAUGGUCGCCAACAUGGAGGACGAGGAGUGGGAGGAGCUGGCCGCGGAAGGGGACGGCGGCGCGGGGAUGCAGUGGGUGCUGACCGAAGAGGAGCGGAGGAGGGCCAGGAGCAUCGUGAGGAGUUGAUGAGCAGGAUGCAGUUGGGCGGUGGUUCAAAGACAUAGACAUACCCCCGCCAGCGGUUCGCUGCGCAUGCUACUAGGCUUGUAGAUCUGCCUCGAGCUGGCUGCUUGGCCGUACGAAAUCUGUUUGAAUCCCGCGGCUAGAUCAAGUUCUACGCGAAUCGAUAACCAUUGCUGUUUGCCCACCUAAUCGGUGUGUCCUAGCCCAGGCCGUGGCUAUUGAAGGCUUGGAUGUAGCGUUCAGAAUUCUCUCCGACUAGAUUAGUCUCAAAAGACGCUCGAUGCAGAUAGCAAAGUUUGUG